CGCCGGCAGUUCGGAUGCGCAUCGUGCGAGGACGGUGUUUCAGUUAGCGGCGAGCCGCUGUCGAGAUAGGGUUGUUUUAUCGUCGGUUUUGGGGGUUCGUGCACCGAUCGCACCGGUUCCCACCCUCACUUGUCCGCGCUGCACGACGCAGCUCGAUCCGUCGAUCGAUUCGGACGAGACGUCGAGAGUUUCCGGAGAUCGUGCAAGUUCAUCAGGGAACGCGAAGUUCCCUGCGCGGUUCCGUCUGGUUUCAGUGUGCGAGCAAGUGCGUUUAUUUCGUGAGUACAUAUAACAAUUAGAUUCAUCCCCGUAUCGCGAUCCUAUAACGUUCUCGGCAAGUGUAUCAUGUGAACCGCUCAGUGAGUGACAGAAAGUUCAUAGAGAGACGGACCACAGAAAUCGAACGCGCGUGCUCCGAUCUUCAACAUGAGACGGAGCACGGCCUAGGACCGAUCGCGUCUCAAGUGCAACUUUCGACGGGAAGGAAAGGUAAAUCAGGAAGAUCGGGAAAUCAGUGGGCAAUUCUAGAUCCCCCUAGAGAGCACUAAAAGACCAAGCGUAGUGCGGCCAGCGUUCGUCAAGAGAACGAUCAUCAGAAGCGUCGUUCGCCACGCGGUGCAGCAUGACGGCGGAACGGAGUUCGCGCCGAUCCUCCCGCUCCUGGAUCAUCCUCGCGACGAUCUUGUCCGGCCAGCUGGUAUUGCUGCUGUCGCAGCAGGCCCGCGGCGAGAUCUACGCGAAGAUGUUCUCCAGCCAGCAGAACCCGAGCGAUCCAUGCUACGAUGAGGACCGGCCACGCCGUUGCAUACCCGACUUCGUGAACGCGGCGUUCGGCGCGAGCGUCGAGGCGUCGUCCACGUGCGGUACCGGCGGGCCCACCCGCUACUGCGACGUCACCGAUGAGCCCGGCGGCACCACCGGCAUUGGUCACUGCCACGUGUGCGACGACAGCACACCCCGACGACGCUUCCCCGCCAGCUACCUGACUGAUCUCAACAACCCGAACAACGUUACCUGCUGGCGCAGCGAGCCACUCGUCAGCUCACAGAGCUUUUCGGCACCACCCGACAAUGUCACCCUCACCCUUUCCCUCGGGAAGAAGUACGAGCUCACAUACGUCAGUCUGCAGUUCUGCCCGCGCGCCGCCAAGCCGGACUCCAUCGCGAUCUACAAAUCCAUGGACUACGGCAAGACCUGGCAGCCGUUCCAGUUCUACUCGUCGCAGUGUCGCCGCGUGUACGGCAGGCCAAAUCGCGCGACCAUCACCAAGGCGAACGAGCAAGAGGCACGGUGCACCGACAGCCACCGUUACACAGGCGGAGACGGCCUCGGCCCAGUAGGCAGGAUCGCCUUCAGCACGCUCGAGGGUCGACCAUCCGCCGCCGAUUUUGACAACUCGCCGGUGCUCCAGGACUGGGUGACCGCCACCGACAUUCGGGUGGUGUUCAACCGUCUGCACAUGCCGCAACAGCCGCCACCGCCGCCACCACCCAAUCCAGAUCAGGUGUCGCUCAUAGGCGAGGAUCACCAUCAUCAUCAUCAGGUCGCCGGCCUCGAGGAACUCACGAAGCGCGAGCGGGAGCGCGAGGAGCGCCUGAAGAAUCAGAAGAACGCGAUUCUACUCGGCCAGGAUCCACUGGUGACGGCGUUGCCGUCGGUGCACCAGGUGAUCGCGCCCCAUGAGAUGCAAUCGAACGACGCCGUCGACGCUGUGGUCAGGGAUAUGGGUUUCGUGCCGGUUACCGUGUCCUCGAGCACGACUACGCUGGCCAACGGCGCGGUGAUGGUGGCAAUCGGCAGUGGUGGCGGUGGAGUCGGCGGAUUGGGCCCGGCCACCGCCACCAUGGCCCAUCACUACGCGGUCUCGGACUUUGCCGUGGGCGGCAGGUGCAAGUGCAACGGCCACGCGGCGCGCUGCAUCCCCAGCAAGGACGGCGAGGUCGUGUGCGACUGCAGACACAACACUGCCGGCAGGGACUGCGAGCGCUGCCGACCCUUCCACUUCGACCGACCCUGGGCCAGGGCCACCGCCAGAGACGCCAACGAGUGCAAAGUGUGCAACUGCAACCUCCACGCGAGAAAGUGCAGAUUCAACAUGGAGCUGUACAAGCUGUCGGGCCGUGUCAGCGGAGGCGUUUGUCUGCAGUGCCGGCAUUUUACGGCAGGAAGGCACUGUCAUUACUGCCGCGAAGGUUACUACAGGGACCCGGCGAGACCGAUCACGCAUCGCAAGGCCUGCAAACCGUGUGACUGUCAUCCAAUCGGCGCUUCUGGAAAGACCUGUAACCAGAGCAGCGGCCAGUGUCCCUGCAAAGACGGUGUAACCGGUAUUACUUGCAACAGAUGCGCCAGAGGCUACCAGCAGAGCAGAUCGCAUAUUGCGCCUUGCAUCAAGAUACCCAGGGUCGUGCAGACACAGGGCACGGCUGGCGAAGAGAGCGGAGAACACGAGGACGACGACGACGAACGCGGAUACGACGGACGAGCUGAUCAGUGCGGAAAGUGCCGCGCCAGCACGAAGAGGCUAAAUCUCAACAAGUACUGCAAAAGAGACUACGCUAUUCUGGGCAGAAUAACAGACAGACACAAGAAAAGCGACGGUUCGCAGGCCGGCACAAGCGUAUCAGGCACAUCCUGGAUCCGAUUCACUCUGAACAUCGAUUUUAUCUACAAGAAAAACCCUUCUUCGAGGAUCCGACGUGGCGACAUAUCUCUCUACGUUCAUUCGUCUGAUCUGGCUUGCAGAUGCCCGAAAAUCAAGCCCAAUAAGUCGUACUUGAUCCUUGGCCAAGAGAACGACGGUGGUGGUCAAGGUGGGCUCACGGUGACGCAGAGGUCGAUCGUCAUCGAGUGGCGCGACGAAUGGCAUCGCCGAAUGCGCCGUUUCCAGCGGAGGGCGAGAUCGUGCCAUUGAGGUGCUCGUACGUCGCGGAAAGAGAGGAAGAAGGGAUAGAAAGCAAGAUAGAAAGGAGACGAAAAAGCAAGGAAGAAAGAAAGACGGAGACCGAAAGCGAGAAAACAAGAGAUUGAAAGAGAGAGGAUGUGCGUGCGUACGUGUGUGUGAAAGAGAGUAAGAAAGAAAAAGAGAGAGAGAAAUUGAUCCCCUCCCAAGCCGUGUUCGUAGGAACCCGCAUACACAUCUUGAUUUCCCGGCCGCGAAUACCGAUAUCGGGGUGCCGAUUUUGUUUUGCGCGCGGUACUCGUCGACGACCGUACGUCGAAGGCAACGAGGAAGGAGGGGAGCAGCGUUCGCCGCACAGAAAUGACGCGGGCGACGCGCGGAUUGCGAGAACAUUGCGCUAUUAAGUUGAUUCCACAAGCGAUCGAUAACUGCUGAACACACGUUAAUGUAUCUCGACAAUGUCCGUACGCAUCAUCGCGUAUAAUUGUAUACGCGCGUGCCUGCACAGAGAUCUUUCGACUGAAAAAUCUGUUUUUUCGUUGAAAAAAAAUGUUCGAGACUCGUCCGAAUGUUUGGCAAGCGUUCGUAAUCUAUGGGAGAUGCAAGUCGGCGGAAUUCGCUUUAAGACGAUCGUCGCAAACGACGAGCACACAUGUCCGCCUUACCGAACGUGGUACCGUAUGACACGUAAAACAGGCAAGCUUUUUCAAAACGCGUUUCUCCGAUAACUUGGACCGUAAUUCAUAUCGAUCAACAUCAAUUUGCUAGAUAGAAAAAGCGUACGUGUAUGGAUCGUACGCGAUAUGACGCGAAUGCGAUAUACACGGACGGUGCGUUAACGCAUCUAUAUUACGGAAGGUACGGUCAUUAAAGCUUAAUAGAUUCGGUAAAGCGAAAUCAAUCUCCGAAAUCGUAUGCGUCGUUGAUGCACCAUGUCUUUAAUCCUGUCGACCGUCAUUUAUUUUGCUCUUACAAAUGAAAACGAAGUCGGUAAUUUGAAACGUUCGCUUUCUUCCUUUUAAUGCUACUUUUAUCUUAUUAUUCUAUUAUUUGAUAAUUGAUUUUGCCCUUUCUCUUUCGUGUGAAAAUAGUUUUAAACGUAUUAUAUACACAAAAUAUCAAGAAUGAAUGUAAUAACCGAGAAUUAUGCAUCACGGCGCAUAUAUUUUGACGUCACUGAAUAGUAAUGGCGCGGUGAAGGUACACGUGCCUGAGAAAACCGCGACACACCUGCUACGGAAGCAUGAUUCAACUGCGUCCAACACUUGGAGGGCUCGUAUCGUCGUUGGUACUAAAAGGCUCUGGUCUCAAGUAGACAAGCGCGAAACGCGUACGUACGUGUACGACGUCUAGCCACUUCAAAUCUGACUUAUUCGCGGCCGCCUUGUCUCAGAGCGCACUCGGAGAAAGUGGGCGUGAGAGGGAAACAGCGCGAGAAUCAAACGAAACGAAAACGGAUAUGAGGCAGGAACAGAUGAGAGAAGAUACAUUGAGGCAUGCGAAAUAUAUUUAACCGUUAUGUAUUAUCAUUAAAGGUGUAUCACGCUGGAAUCUGAGAAGCGUUAUCGUUUCGAUCGCCUUGCUAGAAAGUUAACGUGACCCUCAGUUAUCCGACAUUGAACACUGCCGGUACAGAGUAUUUCAGAUAGUAAGCUAUGUAUGUUCUCUUUAAUCAUUUUGAAGAUCUUUCUCGAGCAAAACUCGAGAGAGAAAAAUCGUUACUUGUUGCAAAUUUAUCGUUUCAGUAUCAAACAGUUUGAUAUUUAAUUCUCAACCACAUUUACAAUUGUCAAAUUAUUUCUAAAAUUCGAUUCGAUUUUUGUAGAUUUCCCGUAAAAGAAAGAAAGCUUAAUUUUUAAGCGUUUGUCACUUCACAGCUCUUAAUCUUUGUCAAAACAGUCAAUCUCGAUCUCUUUGAAACAUCUCUAAAUAAAAAGCAGCAUGAAAAGUCAAUUUUGAUAGUAUUCUUCCAACACAGAGAAAAUGACCGCGUUUUCGUUCGAUCCUAUCGAUUGCCGAGCAAACGUUUGCCAAGUCGAAAGAUCUCCUUCAGACACGUGAUAUUUGUUGCUUCAUUUAGCUCUUUGUCGAGCUCCUUCAUACCCAAGCGAAUACUACUUAAGAUUCGUACAAACCAAUACAGCAGCGAGAGCGCUUAUAAAUUGCACUCAGGUACAGCAAAAAUUGUUCGAGUUGGAUGCGCGUGAACAGAGAUCUCAGCAAUCACGUUAAAGCGUAAAGCAUUCUGUGCACAAUACAGACAUUGAUUCAUUCGAGACGUGCGGAUGAUUUGCUCGGCCUGAACGCUUCCUUCAGCGUGCGCCGAGCUAAAAUUGGAACGCAUGGCACUCGCUGAGAGGACACGCGUGUCUCGCUCGAUCGAAAAUAAUAUCACCGUGCAUCUCGCGAGUCGCUCGCUCAAUCGGUUCGAUGUUCCGGUGAGCGGAACUUGAAUGGCGCGGUGCCUUCGUCGGACGAUCGCUCGUGACAACACGCACAAGAGCAUCCACAAAUGUUUUCUACGAUUUUUGCCCUAAUGCACGGGCAUGAACAGGAGCGUUGCAUCGCGCGUCGUUUCUCGGCUAGGCGGACCACUCGAUUGGAAAUUGCGUAAAACUCCUCCCCUCCCUCCCUCUCUAUCGCGGCUUCCGUUUUAAUUUAUUUAUUCUUCGCUCGCUCGAUCAUCGCGCGUCGACCGUACUCAUAUAGAAAUAUCACACGCGUUCGUUGAAUGUAGAUUUUCUUGUACAUUAUAAAUUAUUAAGAUCCUUUUCUAGCUGGUAUAUUCGGAUCGUUUGCGUCAUGGAUUCCACCAGGCCACCGGCGGGGACGGCGGUUAAUCAUAGAUACAAUUGCACUACAAGCGGCAUACGAAGAAAAAAGCGUUGAGCCGCACGAUAGUCUUCUUUUUUCAUGUCAUCUGAUGUAAUCGACGAUUCAAACCGCCCGUUACGUCCCACUUUCAAAGGCGUCCGAUAUCACAUGAAGAGCACGCGAAAGAACGGUAGCGCGACUAUUCUUCCAGAGCUGAGUCUUUCUCGCGACAGUAAAAGGGUUUCGCGAAGAUCCGACGACCGAACGGCAGAAGCGUAUUAUUUAGAGGUAAUCAAAUAAUCUGUAGAAACGUUCGUCCGUGUACGUGGCGCGACCACGUGCUGCGUCGUUCGGUAAGGGAAACUUCGAGAGAGACUACUUUGAUCCUCCAAAAGAAAUGGGAGCGUUGUCUGCGCUACAAAGUGUAGUAUUACAUCGUAGUAAUCAGCGCGGGCUAUUGUAGACCGUUAUGCGCCACGAUGCGAAAUACGUACAACUGCGAGCACGCUGUUGUACGAUUGCGAUCAAUCCAUGAGUUAUUCUUUAGGCAUCGCGACUUUUUACGAGCAAAGUUCCUAAAUUCUGCCGAAUCCUCCGUUUCGAUGGAGAUUGAAAACUCCGUUCCUUCCUCUCGGAUUUUUUGACGAUCGGAAGAAGCGCGGAAAUGAUCGGAACGAGGAGGAGAAUGGUUCGUGCACGUGUCACGUUCGAGGAGGAACCGACAAUUAUCGACGCUCGUGUCGGAUCAGCGCGGCGAUAGCGCCGACAUCACUCGAUUACGCGCCAAUCGAGACGCGCAACGUGUGCGCAUUGUCGCCGAGCCUCAGUGCGACGAACGGGGUUCUAAUUCCAUCAACGCGAUACAAAUUAUGCAACGUGCUUCCAGCAAUACUCGCUAUUUAGUAUUCUCUCGCGCUCGAUAUUCAUUUUAGAGUAUCCAACAACACUGGGAAUAGGAGCAAUUUUUGAUUAAGAAAGAAAAGCAUGCCAUACACAAAUACAUUAAAUACAGAAAAAGGAAAAUCGCGCAGAUAUUAUAGUCGCGCUGAUCACACGCGGAAGCGUCGCAAAGAGUGCCAUGGGGAGAAAACAGUCGUACGCUCUUUCGUACGUGCCGUAGUUGACAAUGUACGUACGUACUUACGAUUUUAACGAUGGCUGACGUCCGUUGGAGCGAUUCCGACGAUAACAUCACGGAUGGACGGCGGACGUUCACGUCGUUGCGAGCCCAUGAUACCACGGAGACGAUCGAUCUCGAUCCGACGAUCUACGCGCUGGACGUUGCCGCGUUCUGAAAUAAAAGAUCGCAAGCGAUUGAACCUGCGCGACUGAACUUUCGCAUUCCGAGUUUCGUGUCGGGAUUUUUUCACACGCGCACUCGAGAUGAUUCACAGUUGCCUUCAUUGCACGUUGUAUUGUUUUAUGUACUCGCAAGUACAGUGCAAGUGUAUACGAAAUGAAAUUUUGUUAUUGAUCACUCUCAUCGCAUUGCUCGUCUCAUUAGAUCAUUUUAUUAGUAACCGCGACAAGAUCCGUGAUAGGAUCCAUCGUCUCCGUCAUCUGCGCUAUAAUUACAUGUAUAAAAUGUAUCAACUUAAGAUAGCUUUAGAUUAAGAUUGAAAGACUAUAUCAUCUAUCCGCAAGUAACACGUACAGUCGGGGGUUAAGGAAAACCUCGCGAGCGUUCGAGUGAUUAGAAUAACAUGCGGAUUCAUCAUGAAUAAACAAUAUCGACCAUCAUCAAUCGUCGCGUCCAUAAAAGAGAGAAUCUUUAGUACGGAGAACAGUUUUUUAAUUCGAGAAGAGGAUUUAAUCUUUGAAUGAGUUAACGCUUUUCUGACAAUCAAUCAUAUCUUUUUGACUGAAAUAUACGCACAUAUCGUCGAUCACCGAUUACAUUUACGACUGAGAAUAGAAGGACGGAGAUAAGAAUAUCGUUAGAAUCGCGCGACUUAAAAACAGAUGCUCAUUGAUUUUAAUCCCCGACUGUAAACGAUACGACAUGGUGUAACGUUAACGGGCAACUUAUCCACGCCCCUGUACGUAAUUCGAUGUAACAAAAGAAUUUCAUCGCACGACUAAAAGCGUGUUACACGCGAGUUCUCCCGAGACUCGUCGUGCUCGGAGGAAACGCGAGUCUUAAUCGAAAUUCACGGAUGACAAGUAUAUCGUAGAGUUGUACGCGAUGUCUCGCCAAUAAGAGUAUAUGUUAUUUAUACCUCCGCCGUAUUAAUCGAUCGCUACUGUACCACGAUUAUCACUUAGACCCGAUUAAAUUAUUAAGUGUACCGUCGUGUAUUGUGGUGUAAUAAAUGUGAUUAGUUGUACGAAAAAUAAAUGCAACGCAUAACAAUUGCCGUAUAUCUGCACGUGUACUUUCCCGAUCUCGAGAUUACCGAAUUUGUUGUAAUUACAUGUAUAUCGUCAUAUUUUGAUUGUUGAACAUUAUUUAAAUGUGUUUUGUAAUAUAUAGAAAUUCAUUUCUACUUCGAUUGA